CUGUCUUUCGCUGUACUGUGAGGUAAGCUCGGGUGUUCGGACGAACGCUAGAAGUACUCGACAUGACCAUGUAGCAUAUCCUGAUUGAUGCUUUAUUUUCUCUGAAGAAACAUCACGAGAAUGAAGUUUAUGCAAGAUGGACUUCUACUGCAGGCAAACGUGCGAAGACAAGUGCUCUGGAAGACAUCUCUUCACCUCCACAAAAUGCCCCUUGAUAUCUGCAAACUUCCUAAGAGAAGUGUUAAAUAAGACCGGAUGCCCGAAAAAGAGGAAGUUUGCACAGACCUCAGCUACAAUUACUUCGGGUCAUUUGCAGACAAGCGUAUGUCCUUCGGAGUCUACAACGGCCUUUGGGUGAAGAAAGUUCCUGUUGAGGAUAUUCACAAGUGGCAAGUUGAAGGUUCCUUUGUCAACAUCAAAGAAGGCUUUUACCGGAUACCUGAACAGCCCUGGGCUGCAUACUUUCCGUAGUUUCUAGAGCAUAUCUAGUGUCUUGAUGAGCUGAGAGGCAAGGAGGCGCACCGUAGCUACAUUCUUCGUCAAAGCACGGUCAUACCUCGCCAAAGAAGACCAGGACAAACACCACACAUAACUCGAACCAGAAGCCAAGCGAGAUUGCUUCUAUAUGCUAGCUCUCACUCCACACAUGGUCCAUCCCGGCCCCAGCGAAACCAAUUGGAUCAAUUUCGGGUUUUGCACCAGUCACGACGAAAGCAAGGAAGGGGCUCUCGGUGAACUGGACAAAAGACUCCUCAUUGGCGACAAAUUAUUUGAUGACGUCCCAACCCCUAUUCCCAGAAGGGAAAUAUACAACAGGCAGUAUUCACAGAAUUCUGGA